AUGGCCAAACUAUUUAUUGGUGGCCUGGCAUGGCACACCACUGACCAAACCCUGCGCGAGGGCUUCGAAAAGUAUGGUCAGGUCGAAGAAGCGGUCGUCGUCAAAGAUCAUGACACCUUCCGCAGUCGAGGAUUCGGUUUUGUCCGGUUCUCUCAGGAACAGGAUGCAGAGACUGCCAUGAACGCCAUGAACAACCAGGAAUUUGACGGCCGCACCAUUCGCGUCGACAAGGCCUCUGAGCGUCCCGGUGGUCGCAACAACGGUGGCUACCAUGGUCGCGGCGGUUACAACCGGCCAGAGGGCAAUGGAAAUGGUGGCGGUUACCGUGGAGGAUACGGCGGAGGCUAUGGCGGAGGCUAUGGAGGCGGUGCCGGUGGUGGUGGUGGCUGGCGUGGCAACCCUCAGCAAGCUCCCACCAACCCCGGUGCUUAA